AUGGCAAUAAGCAGUCGGCGACGCAUGUCCAGUAUGGAUGAGGAUGCACUUCGAGGACGGGAGGGUGGAGGAGCUUGUUGCGUUUGUGACUGGGGAUGCAUGCAUGCAGCGCCGUUGUUGUCCCUCCCUGGCCCUGCGACGCCGACGAUCGCUGUGGAUGGAUGUGGAUAUGGUGGGCAAUCAAUCAUCCAGGUACAGACCUCGCCCGUUUUCGAGAGACUCGUCAUCUGUAGCGAUGUAGCUAUCCGAGGACUCAUCGCACGCUUGAGGGAGGGAGAGGAGACCAUCACAGCAACAGUAUCUCCAUCGUCCGCUGGCAGCAAACUACUCGGGAGCUCCCUGUCGAUCGCCUCCCGCUUGAGCGUCUGCUGUGCAACGUCCAUCCGCACGGACGGACUGCGAGAGCAAGCGAGGAGAAGAGAAAGAGGUGUCUCUGGUUGGUUCGGCAACGGAGUGUUUCUCUUGACAAACAGAGCGGCUGGAUUCACAUUAAUUGUUGCUGUUGUUGUUGUUGAUGUUGCUUACAUUGCGAGCAAGACGGUGCAAUCGAGAAAGGUGAGAGAGCCGUUUGAUCCGGGAGCAACGGAGAAGAAGCCAUUGGAGAAGAGCGAGAGCAGCGCGGGAAAGGACGAGGCAUCCAAUGGAGAGAAAAGGCGAGGUCUGCUCUGCGAGGGUGAAGUGGUACAGUCCCUAAGCGACAGUGGACAGUCGACACCCCCGGCCUCGCUCCGUGCCACCUGCGAAACGCCCGCGAAAAACCCGCACCCUCGCUUCUUUUCAUAA